AUGCAUAUUCUUGUCACCAACGACGAUGGGCCUCCUUCAUCCACCUCGUCACCUUACAUCCUGCCCUUCGUGAACUACUUGGAGAAAGCAGACCAUACCGUCUCCGUCAUAAUCCCUGACAGCCAACGCUCCUGGAUUGGGAAAGCCCAUAUGGUCGGCCAAGAUGUACGAACAGAGUUCUACUGGCCUCCCAGCACAGCUCCCGAAGAGCACUCCUCCACCACCUCAGUCGGCGACGACGGUCGAUACCCGUGGGUCCUCUGCAACUCCACCCCAGCGGGCUGCUCCCAACUCGGCAUCUCUCACUUUUUCAAAGACCGCGGUCCAAUCGACCUCGUCGUCUCCGGCCCCAACUACGGCCGCAACACCACCGCCGUCUUCGCCCUCUCCUCAGGCACACUUGGCGCAGCUCUCGAGGCUAGCGUCUGCGGACACCGUGCAAUUGCUUUAUCAUUCGCGUUCUUCGAUCGCAAGAACGAUCCCGACAUCGUGGCGGAGAGUUGUCAGCAAGGAGUGAAAGUCUGCGAGUAUCUCGCGAAACAUGGUAGCUGGGAGCCUGCGCAGCUGUACAGUGUGAAUGUUCCAGUGAAGAAGGGAGUCCUGAACUCGAGGGUAUCGUGGACGCAGAUGCUGCAGAACCAGUGGCAGCAUGGUGCUUGCUUCCAGGAGUUGCCGGACGGCAGUGGCGUGGAUGAUCCUGCGUCAGAAGAGGCCAAGCUUAGACAGCAGGAAAGUCGGCAGGAUGGUGGCGAGGAAAAUCAGGGUGCAACUCCGGAGAACAAAUGGCGACACAGACAUUUCAAGUGGGCGCCGAGGUUUACGGACGUGUACGAGAGUGUGCAGAAGCAUGGUCCUGGUUCGGAUGGGUGGGCUGUGGAGGAAGGAGAGACGAGUAUCACGGCGCUGCGGGCGAACUUCAUGCAUGCUCCAGGCUUCGAGGGUGAGGUGAAGCUUUGA